AUGGAGAAUUUACUGGCUCAUUCAUUCGAUUAUCUCUCCUCAUACGAGCCUAGCAAGGUCCGCAAGGGCUUGCGACAGGUCGAGGGUCUACUUGCCCAAAUCUGCCUCUCAAAGCCGAAGUCCACAUCCGAUCGGAGAAGAUCUUACUUGACCACGGAAUCGCAACCCGUACCAAAGGCACUAUCCGAACUACGAGAUGACCCGGCUUUUCGGGAAUUUUACAAAAUUCAAGAUGGAUUUCAAUGGAAUGUCGCAAUGCGCCUCGUAUCCUGCCUCGAACACCUCCUCGGCCGCGGCAGCAACGGUACAAACGAUAUGUUGAUAGUCUGCACCCUCGACUUAAUCCAAGGCGCUCUUCUCCUCCACCCACCAUCUCGUACACUCUUCGCUCGCGAAAUCUACAUGAACCUCCUCCUCGACCUCCUCGACCCAAUCAACUGCCCAGCCAUCCAAUCCGCCACCCUGCUCACCCUCGUCACAGCCCUACUAGACUGUCCCACCAAUACACGCACUUUUGAAGACCUGGACGGUCUUCUCACCGUGACAUCUCUAUUCAAGCAGCGCGCCACCUCGCGCGAGGUCAAAUUAAAGCUGGUCGAGUUCUUGUAUUUCUACCUUAUGCCCGAGACUCCGAUUCUGGGACGUGGCGCAAGCGCUAGUCCCCCACCCGGCCUGCAGCGCAGUCCGAGUAAGAUUUCGUCGAGACCAAUGUCGCAGAGCUCACAUACCUCCGCGGGCGGUGGGAAGAUGCUUCGGGAUACUCGAACGACGGAUGAGAAGCAGGCGAUGCUGGGGAGGUACUUGAACAAUGUUGAAGAUCUGGUGGAGGAUCUUAAAGAGACGGCUCCGUUCGGAGCAACGGUUUACUGA